AUGGACACCGUACAACCCUCCUCGCGCGAUGCAUCUGACGAGGGCGCCGAGGACCCUGUUCUCCAGAAAGUCGCGUCCAAGAAGGAGCGACAGGCCGAUGCCAAUGCCAAUGCCAAUGGUACCACUAAGCGGGUGCGCGUUGCAGACCCGCACAGCCAUGAGAGCGAAGAGGAUGAGCGGGCAAGUAAGAAGAGCCGACGCACAUCAUCUAUUGCCGGCGACGAGCAUGGCGAGGGCGGCGAGGCGGGAUCCAUGCGCAUGGAGCCCCCUCCCAAGGCUGGCCUAGUCGACCCUGUAGGAUACAAGACGAAUCCUCCGCCACAGGGACGGCCGGUCAGAAUAUACGCAGAUGGUGUUUUUGACCUCUUCCACAUUGGACAUAUGCGUGCGCUCCAGCAGGCGAAGACGGCAUUCCCAGACGUCCAUCUCGUUGUCGGCGUGACGGGAAACAAGGAGACACACAAGAGGAAGGGUCUUACUGUCUUGUCGGCAAGGGAGCGCGCCGAGAGUGUACGCCAUUGCAAAUGGGUCGACGAAGUUAUCGAGGACUGCCCGUGGAUCGUCACUGCCGAGUUUCUUUUGAAACACAACAUCGACUACGUUGCUCACGACGACCUUCCCUAUGGCGCCGACGAGGGCGACGACAUCUACGGUCCCAUCAAGGAGCGAGGCAUGUUCCUCGUCACCCAAAGAACUGAGGGGUUGAGCACAACUGGCGCACUACUAACAAAUCACAGGAUCGUACGCGACUACGACCAAUACAUUGACCGUCAACUUAAGCGCGGAACUUCGCGCAAGGAACUCAACGUGUCGUGGCUGAAGAAGAACGAGCUCGACGUCAGGCGUACAAUGGCCGAGCUUCGCGACAGCAUCAAAGCCAACUGGACAACAACCGGCCAAGAGCUCAGCAAAGACUUCCGCCAAUUCUGGCAAUCAAGUCGUCCAGCAAGCCCGGCCCGGACACCAACACGGGAGCACACGCAAGCCGAAGCCAUGGACGUAUCCACAACCGCUCGAUCCCCGUCGGCUAUAUCGCGACUCAGCCACCUUGAUAUCCCGCGCGCACAAAACAACACGCGAGAAUCAUCAGAGUUCGCUGCUGGUUACAAUUUGGGUUUGAUCGGCGGUGUACGAUCAUGGAUGGCACGCAGUCGCCGCAACCUAAACGACAGCAGACCCCAAAGUCCCAUUGACGACAGCUCCGACGAACAAGAAGGUGCCCGCAGUCCACGGGAAGCGCCGCGUGGCCGCACAGGCCAACAAACAAAGAGCGACUCUGCUGCCGCUGCUAAGGACACGGUAGCUUAG